AUGAGGCACGCCGCUCAUGAGGUAGCGUUGGAUGAGGCACGCCGCUCUAGAGGCUCUAUGAGGAUGGAAUGGGUGCUUUUGUGUUGUUAUUGCAUUGUGGUUGUGGAGCAAAACAGAAAGAAGAAAGAUGUUUGGAGUGCAAAGGCAACACUGAGAAAGAAGAUGAACAAAACAAUUAUAUUUAGGUCCUCAUGGACUGUUGAUCCAAAUUGGCUACAGGUGCUGGGGUCGGAUAUCACUAUUAGUUCCUCUGUCUGUACUGCAGAAUGCCUAAACCAAAAUCAAAUAGUUUGUAAUGUUAAUUUUUCAUUCUCCAUACCUAAUGCCCUUCAUGCUCUUGGUUUUGUUGAAUUUGCUUCCCCAUUUGUUCCCCCUUGGUAUAUGGUGAUUUAUGGACAUGGACAUCCAAGCUUACACUUAACUCAUGUUACAUUCAGUCCUGAUGGACAUGAGGUUCUCCUCAGCUAUAGUGGAGAGCAUGCUUACCUCAUGAAUGUAGAUCAAGCUGGAGUGAAUGAGAUGCAAUAUACUUCGGGAGAUGCAUCAAAGAUGAUGACUUACUCUCCUACAAUUAAUGGGAUAGAGCUGCAGCCUUGUGUGUCUAAUGUCAACCCAAAUGGAUUUCCUAUUAGAAAGAACAUUGCUGCAAAGCUUGACAAGUGCAGGAAACUGAUAAAAUAUGCCAAGAAAUUAUUGGACAAUGGGACACCCUAUUAUGGAAUUGAGGCAUGUAAUGAGGUCUUGAAUGGCUAUAGCCAUAUCAUUGGGCCUGCACUGAAACAUGAAUGCUUCUGCACUCGUGCUGCACUGUUGAUCAAGAGGGAGUGGAAAAAUGACGCUCAUAUGGCUAUAAGAGACUGCUAUGCUGCUAGAAAAAUUGAUAAUUCCUCCUAUAAAGCACUUUACUACAUGUCAGAAGCACUGUCACAGCUGGGUAAACAUGAAGAUGCUCUCAAUUUUGCUGUUGCUGCCCAUUCACUGGCCCCACUCAAAUCUGAAGUGGCAGAAAGAGUGGAGAAUGUGAAGAAGGAUAUUGCUUUAGCUGAAGCUGAAAAAAAUAGCAAGACCAAUGAUGGGGCAUCAAGGUUUGACAGUCAAGGUGGAAGAAUAUUAUCAUUAAGUGACAUACUCUAUCGUCCUGAGGCCAAUGGUGAUGUUCCUCAAGAUGGUACUCGAUCUGACAGAGAUGAUUCUGAUUAUGAUGAGGAAUUGGAGUUGGACUUCGAAACAUCAUUAUCCGGUGAUGAGGGACAUGAUCUUGAUUCAAAUAUUCUUCAUGGAAGUUUAAAUCUUAGAAUUCAUCGGCGAGGUGACUCUAGAGACAAUGCAGGUGCAAGUGGCCCAUGCGAAUCACCAUCAUCGUCACAGAAUACUAGAACAUGUUAUCAGCCUGAACCAGCUGUUGAUAUGAAACAGAGAUUUAUUGGCCACUGCAAUAUUGGGACUGACAUAAAACAAGCAAAUUUUCUUGGUCAAAGAGGUGAAUAUGUUGCCAGUGGAAGUGAUGAUGGCAGAUGGUUUAUUUGGGAAAAGUGUACCGGUAGACUCAUAAAAGUUCUAAAUGGUGAUGAAUCUGUUGUAAAUUGCAUACAAUGUCAUCCAUUUGAUUUUGUUGUCGCAACCAGUGGGAUUGAUAGCACAAUAAAGAUAUGGACUCCAAGUGCUCCUGUUCCAUCCUCUGUAGCCGGUGGUUCAGCAGGACCAGAAACUGGUGAUGUGUUGGCUGCUAUGGAGAGCAAUCAACAAAAGUUAUCCCGUAGCCGUACUAUAUUGCCCUUUGAGCUUUUGGAACCAUUUAGAAUGCACGAGUUUCCUGAAGGGUCAUUACGCUUGCGUCCAUUUGAAUGUGCUCAAAGCUAA